GCAGUGCUUCCUCUCACGAAACACGUGUUGCAGUAGUUCAGUACGUACUCUGUACGUUGUGCUUUAGCGGCAUUUUAGUACUCGAGUGUAGGGUUUUUUUUUGUGUGUAUUUUUUCAAGCUUUUCUUUUAAACCUGUAGGUGUUUGUCCUCCGUGAAGCUUUCGCCGAGAGGACCUGAUCAAACCCCUGAAAUCAAACCUUGAAAUCAAACCCCUGAAAUCAUGACUGAACCUGAAGUUAAUCCCAAAGCCUACCCUUUGGCUGAUGCCACUUUGACCAAAACUAUCCUGGACCUCGUGCAGCAGGCGUCCAACUACAAGCAGCUGCGCAAAGGCGCGAACGAGGCCACUAAAACACUGAACCGUGGAAUUUCUGAGUUCAUCGUGAUGGCCGCUGAUGCUGAACCACUGGAGAUUAUUCUACACCUUCCAUUGCUGUGUGAGGAUAAAAACGUGCCUUACGUCUUUGUGAGGUCCAAGCAGGCCCUUGGACGAGCUUGUGGUGUGUCCAGACCGGUUAUUGCCACAUCGGUCACCAUUAAGGAAGGAUCCCAGCUGAAACCCCAGAUCCAGUCUGUGCAGAUGGCGAUUGAGAGACUUUUGGUCUGAGCCAAUUUAUUAUUUUUUUUUAUAAACACCAGAACCAGGUUAAUUUUUUUUUUUGUGUUUAACGUCUGUAAACUUUAUAUAGUCCUCACGAUUAAAAUUCUUCUUUUGCCGUGAUCGGGUUUAGGGAAAGUAAUUCGGUUGAGGUUAACCAGUUGAAAUUAGGUUACAGUAUUAGAGAAAUAAAGUAACUGUUUCUAAUCUUAAAAGUUAAUGUUAUCAGGGCAAGUUUGUUUGAUUUAAAGUUCAUUGCUUAACUGAUGUGUUGCUCUUAAAAUUGAAAUUACAUUUGCUUUUUUUUGUACAAACUUAUCCUGGGGACUUCAAUAUUCAACAAUAAAUUUUAGAAAUGUGA